AUGGGUGCGCCCGACAAGAAGAAGUAUCGCAGUUCAAGCGAAAAUGACAGCAGGGAGGAGAGCUCCUCGGAUGAUGAAAGGGCAAGGAGGAAGAGGCGGCUACUUGAGAAGAAACGAUGGAUGGCCGAGAAGGAAAAAAAUGAAAUGAUGAAUCGGAGGAGAAGGAGAGAAGAAGAAAGCAUCGACAGUGAGAAGAAAAGACGCAACAAAAGAAUGGUGAACAACAGCAGCGAUGAGGACGAAGAUGGUGAUGAUGAAAGUGAUGAUAGUGGAAGGGGGAAGAGGACCAGGCGGAGAAGCGGCAGUGGGUACUCUUCUUCCCGGGUGGAUCGAGAACAAAGGAUGAAACAGAAAAGGAGAAUGAGACCAGAGGAAAGUGAAGAGAGGAGGUGCUCCAGUAGCAGCCGAGGAGGGGGAGGAAGUCCCAUGAGAGUGCGAAGAAGGAGAGACGCAGGAAGUAGUGAACAAAGAAUUAAAGAUUUGCCGCAUAGAAAUGUAGAAAUGCGAAUGAGGGGUCGAGAGAGGUAUGAGAGCCCGGAAAGGAGCUACCCCGAGGAGAGGUAUAGAGAGAGACAUAGGGAAAGACGAAUUGAAAGGAGAUUUAAAGAGAGCGAUGACGAUGAUAAUGACGAUAGUGAUAAUGAUGAUGAUGAUAGGAGGAGGCGAAAACGAUGGGUUCGUAACGGGCGCGGAAGUAGCGGUGAUAGUGAUGUGCAUCGAGGGAGGAGGUACAGAAGCCGCAGCAGGAGUGGUGGGCACAUGAGAGUGAGGGAAGGGCGAAACGGGCGUAGUGAACGAGAAAGAAGAAGUCGUUCGAAGAGGCGAAGUCGAUCGCGUAGAAGGAGUCGGUCCAGACGGAGAGGAAGCCCAUCCAGGGGGAGAAGACGAGAAUGGGAGCGCAACAAAACGUACAAAUUUGAUUCACCACCCGAGUCGGAAAAUGAAGAAGAAAAGGAAAAAGACAGCAAGAGUGUUAUCCUCCCUACUAGUGUAAAAGCAAAUAAGAGUGGUGAACAGAUGACACCCCAUGCAGCCACAUAUGACAGCGCGAAUAGUAGUCAUAAGGGUGCAAUCAGUAAUGAUGGUAGAAGUACUAGCCAGGUGAAUACCGAUCUGGGAGCUAGCCAAAGUUACAACUCUAGCAACAUUGACAAUCUAAUUAAAACGUUAAGCAGCAGCAAUAAUGUGAUAAGCAGUCUGACUUCCACACCGAGCAGCAAUCUGUUAAGUACGCUAAGUAGCAGCCUUGGUGCGGGGGCGCUUCUCACCGAUGCGUCUAAAGGGGGGAUGCUGAAUGUGGCUGCUCAGGAUGGGAAGAACAAGGUGUUAGGGGAGGAUCUAGGAAUGACAAGUAGUACCGGUUUGACCGGUUCUGUAGCAGGGUUAGGAUUGAAUCAACCACAGCUGAAUAUGCUCCUGAAUGGACAACUGAAAUUGGACAACCCGGUCGUCCAGCAGCUAUGCAAAAGUGCACUAGGGAUUAACGAGUUGGGUUUAUCCUCCUUGGACGCAACUGCCGAGAAGACAGCUAGAGAGCUCUACGUGGGGAACAUCCCACAGCACAUCGAGGUGCAGGAAAUUGUAAAAUUUUUAAACAAGUGCCUACUCAUACUUUACAAUAAGGAUAGCGGAGAUGAGCAGGAAAACGGAAACGAAAACGGAAACGGAAAUGAAAACGAAAAGGAAGACGAUAAGGAAAAGGAAAGUCAGAGCCAGGAUCAGUGUGAGGACAUCUGCCUUAAGGCAUGCAUCCGAGGGGAUACACACUACGCCUUUGUGGAGUUCAGGACCCUACAGGAUACAUCUAACUGUAUGCUGUUAAACGGGAUCAAUUUUUACGGCAAUAACUUACGCAUCGGUAGACCAAAAACAUUCCCUCCAGAAUUAACCAGUCUCAUUCCAGCGCCUACUAUUCCAACAAUCGAUACUUGUUACUUGUCACAGGGGAUUAUAGGCCUUCAGGCCUUCGCUAUCUACCUCCAGAAUGAGGAGAAGAUGAGAAAUGCCUACCUACCCAUGAACAUGAUAAAGCUACAAAAACUAUGCGUUUCAAAUAUUUCCAAGAAAAAUGAAAGAAGUAAAAUAAAAGAACUGUUAGAAGCUUUCGGUGAAAUAACCAGCUUUGAGUGCUUCGAAGGGGAUGAAUCCACCGAUACGUAUAUUGCACUGGUAGAAUAUACGACCCCAGAGAAUGCAAUACAAGCACAGAAGAUUCUAAACCAGAACACAAGUUACAAAAUACAGUAUGAGUAUGAGAUAGUGAAUGAUCCCGUUAUUAAUAGGUUCAUAAAGAGAAAAUACAUGUCUUCGGAAAAUACUAUUCUUUCGCAACAGAUUCCUACUAGGACUGUCGUCCUUAGCAAAAUUGCAACGUUUGACGAACUUUGCGACCCCAGUGAGUAUAGAGACAUCGUCGAGGAUAUUAAGGUCGAGUGUGAGAAGUUUGGUUCUGUUGUCGAGGUGGUGCUUCCAGUUUUUUCCCGCGAAACGUUCGAUUUCUUACUCAGGCAGGCAUCGAAAUGUGCAACUUCUGCGGAAGAACCGGGAGGACUACCUCCAGGAGGGUCAUCCCCCGUAGAAGUGAAGCCCCCCGAGGGUCCACCACCGAAUGGUGUCCCUUCAGAGGUAGUAAUUCCACCUGAUGGUGUCACCCCCGAUGAAGAUAGAACCCAUCCGAAUUACGACCUCACCUCCAUCGGCUGUGCCUUCAUCUACUUCGAAACCAUCGAGGCGGCCACCAAAGCCAGGAAGGAGCUCAGCGGCCGCAAAUUCGGCGCCAACAUCAUCGAGGCCAACUACUACAGCGAGAAGAAGUUCCUCCUUAAAGACUUCAAGGACGUCAAGUAUAACUUUAAGAAGACCCACUCGUCUCUUUUUAAUGUAAAUCUAAAAAUGGGAAACCUUACCUACUCGGACUGCUCCGACGAGGGGUGA